GUUCAUUAUUUGUGCUGUUGCAGUGUGGGAGUAGUCACCCUGUCCUGGCUCUUAACUGGAUGAGAAAAAUUGGGAAGCAGUGAUCCAAAGUCUGGAGCGACUACAAUGCUUCAAAUCUUCCAGUCACUGAGCUUUGGAAACAAACCAUCCCAGUGGCCUCAAAGGACUUAACAAAUGGAGAGAAAUAAGAAAAGCCUUUCCCUGUUUAUUCUGCUGCCUGUGCUGCUGCUCUGCAGAAGUGAUGAGUGUCCCAGGCUUCCAGAGAAUCUCACUUGCUACACUGACUACAAUAGAAACAUCACAUGUUUGUGGAACAGCAAAUACGUGUCUGAUGACACUGCAUGCACCAUACAUGCUCAGCAUAAAUCUCGCUACAUCUCUUACAGCACUUCCUGUCACCUAAAGUCUGUUGACAUGUCCAGACCAGACCUAAAGGAGUGCUCCCUCAUCUUUGAAAUGGAAUACACUUUUCAGUCUUUCCAUGUGUUGUCCAUGAAUCUGAGCUGUGCUCAUAUGAAGCAGAGUCUAAUCACUUCCUACAUGCCGUCCUGUCACAUAAAGGUGAAUCCUCCUUCGAAGCCAGAAGUCAACGUCACCUCUGUUUCCUGGUUGUCCAAAGACCCCGAACAUGAAAUGAUCAGUUUAUACGAAAGUGAAGUGCAGUGGAAGCAGCAGGAUCAGUCAUGGAGUGAUCCCCCCUUUCAGAAAAAAGGUGACAUUCAGUGCGAGAAUGAGUGCAGGGCAGAGCUGGACCCAGACAAACUGAUACAAGGCGAGAAGUACGAGGUACGAGUUCGUGUGCGGUCUGUUAAACCUCGACCCGAGGGAGCCUGGAGUGACUGGAGCCCCACUGCAUCAUGGGAGUCACCAGUAGGAAAAAGAAAACCACCAUCAGAUGUUCCUAGACUUGUUGUGUGCAUAAUUACAGCAGGUGUUGUAGUGUUAAUGGCAGUCAUUCUCUGCACAACUAAAAAACACUGGGUUUAUGUAGUAAAGACAAUGAAAGGUCAGCCCGUACCAGACCCAGGAAAAUCCUCCCUGCAGAAUGUACAUUUUAAGAGUGGGUUCUCCAGUGAAUACUUUCACUCCUUCUUGAAACCAGUGGAAAUGAUCACUGUAGAAUUAAUCUCGCCUGUGGAUGCUGCUGUGUAUUACGGUACCACACUGUGA